AUGAGUGAGCACUCGAAGAGAAAAGAAGCUAAUUGUCAUACUCCUACUGCUCGGAUUCAGCAGAAGAACCCACCACCAAAGACUGUAUCGUUUAGAAACGCUCCAUACGAAAAAGUGUAUACCGAAGAUGGAGAAACUUUAGAGGAAGCCCCCGCAAACGAUUUUCUCCACUUGAAUAAUAACGGAUUUGACGGUGAAGAUGUUGGAUUGUUGACUCAACCCGUACAAAAUCAGAAAAACAUCUCGAACUCUGGAAAUUCGAGUGGAAUCUGUCCGUUCGAAGUGGGAGAGAAGCUAUCGGAACUGCCGAAAGAACAAUUGAAUACUUACCAUCGACAACUCUACGACUCCAUGUUCCCUCGUCUGUCAUUCAACUACGCGACUGUCGAUUAUAUAAUCUCAAACGGAGGUGACCCUGAUUCAAAAGCAUUAGCGUCUGGAAUCAAAGGGAUCAUGGAGCUGAUGGAGUUGCAAAAUCAGAAGUUUACUCAACAGAAACCAUCUGACUCGAUUGCAGAAACUCUUGCUACUUUAGAUCCAUCGUCGUUUCUGAAUCAAGAAGAAGUUGAAGUAUUAUCGAUGUACGGCACAGAGCUGAUUUCAAUUAACCGUGUAUUCGCUUCAGUGCCAGCCCAAUCUGGUUCACUUCGUUCCAUCCUCCAGUCUCUUGCUAAUAUCUGGAUCUCGCAGAUCAUGUCACAUGAGGAUCGAGUCAAGUUUUCAACGAGUGAGAAGCCAAAGUCACCUCAACUUUCUCUUCCUACCCGAUUUUUAAACUUGCCGAUUCCACUCAUUUACACCUGUGUCAACAUGAAAUGCACAAAGGACGAAUCCGUUAAGUUGAACAUCGCACUCUUCUUCAAAAUGCAUGUCACUAACCUAUUUAAUCAGGCCCGAACCGAUGCGAAAACUGCACGAAAACGCCAGCGCGUCUCGUCUCCAGCAACCAAAGAGUGA